AUGGCGGUCAGCCUGGAUAAAGAGGCCUAUUACCGGCGUAUCAAGCGACUGUACAGCAACUGGAAGAAAGGCGAAGAGGAGUUCUCCAACAUUGAUGCCAUUGUGGUUUCAGUGGGAGUGGAUGAGGAAAUUGUGUACGCCAAGUCUACUGCCCUACAGACAUGGCUUUUUGGAUAUGAGUUAACAGACACUAUAAUGGUAUUUUGUGAGGAUAAGAUUAUUUUUAUGGCCAGCAAGAAGAAAGUUGAAUUCCUGAAGCAGAUUGCAAACACAAAGGGCAAUGAGAAUGCAAAUGGAACUCCAGCUAUCACACUGCUUGUUCGAGAGAAGCAAAAUGAAAGCAACAAGGCUAGCUUUGAUAAGAUGAUAGAGGCAAUUAAUGGCAGCAAGAAAGGAAAGCGCAUUGGUGUUUUUAGCAAAGACAAAUUCCCAGGGGAUUUCAUGAAAAGUUGGUAUGACUGCCUGAAUAAAGAGGGAUAUGAAAAGCUGGAUAUUAGUGCUGCUGUGGCUUACACAAUUGCUGUGAAGGAAGAUGGGGAAUUAAACCUAAUGAAGAAGGCAUCUUUAAUUACUUCUGAUGUCUUUAAUAAGUUCUUUAAAGAACGGGUCAUGGAAAUUGUGGAUGCUGAUGAGAAAGUACGACACAGCAAGCUGGCAGAGUCCGUGUGGAGAAAGCCAUAGAAGAUAAAAAGUAUUUGGGUGGUACUGAUCCUUCUACUAUUGAAAUGUGCUACCCUCCUAUAAUCCAGAGCGGUGGAAAUUAUAAUCUCAAAUUUAGUGUGGUCAGUGACAAAAAUCACAUGCACUUUGGAGCAAUCACAUGUGCCAUGGGUGUUCGCUACAAAUCCUACUGUUCCAAUCUAGUGCGCACACUUGUAGUGGAUCCCACACAGGAGAUGCAGGACAACUACAAUUUCUUGUUACAACUUCAGGAGGAGCUGUGCAAGGAACUCAAGCAUGGUGCAAAAAUCUGCGAAGUCUAUCAGGCAGUUAUGGAUCAGGUUAAGAAGCAGAAACCAGAGCUGAUGAGCAAGAUCACCAAAAACCUGGGCUUUGCCAUGGGAAUAGAGUUUCGGGAAGGUUCUCUUGUGAUCAACAGUAAAAAUCAAUACAAAUUAAAGAAAGGUAUGGUGUUCAGCAUUCACCUGGGACUUUCUGAUCUUGCCAAGAAAGAAGGGAAGAAGCAAGAGGAGAAGACGUAUGCCUUGUUUGUUGGGGACACAGUGCUUGUGAAUGAGGAGGGACCAGCAACUGUUCUUACCAGUGUUAAGAAGAAAGUGAAGAAUGUGGGCAUCUUCCUAAAGAAUGAAGAUGAAGAGGAAGAGGAGGAAGAGAAAGAUGAAGCAGAGGACCUCUUGGGCCGAGGAGCCAGAUCUGCUGCAUUGCUCACUGAUAGGACCAGAAAUGAAAUGACAGCAGAGGAGAAACGACGCACCCAUCAAAAAGAACUUGCAGCCCAGUUAAAUGAGGAAGCAAGAAGGAGGUUAACAGAGCAGAAGGGAGAACAGCAGACCAUGAAAGCACGCAAGUCUAAUGUCUCUUACAAAAAUACAUCUCAAAUGCCAAAGGAAUCAGAGAUCCGGGAGAUGAAAAUCUGUAUAGACAAGAAAUAUGAGACUGUAAUUAUGCCUGUUUUUGGCAUUGCUACACCGUUCCAUAUUGCCACCAUAAAGAAUAUCAGUAUGUCAGUUGAAGGUGAUUAUACUUACCUCCGAAUCAACUUCUACUGCCCAGGCAGUGCCCUAGGGCGUAAUGAAGGAAACAUAUUUCCCAAUCCUGAUGCCACGUUUGUAAAGGAAAUAACUUAUCGAGCCUCGAAUAUGAAGACCCCUGGUGAAUCAUCUGUGCCAUCACUGAACCUGCAGAAUGCUUUCCGCAUUAUAAAAGAAGUGCAGAAACGGUACAAGACUCGGGAGGCAGAAGAAAAAGAGAAGGAGGGCAUAGUCAAGCAAGAUUCCCUCAUAAUCAACCUCAAUCGUAGCAACCCUAAACUGAAAGACCUUUAUAUUAGGCCCAACAUUGCCCAGAAGAGAAUGCAGGGCUCUCUUGAAGCCCAUGUAAAUGGUUUUCGCUUCACAUCUGUUAGAGGAGACAAAGUGGAUAUUUUAUAUAAUAACAUCAAACAUGCAAUUUUCCAGCCUUGUGAUGGGGAGAUGAUUAUUGUACUUCAUUUUCAUCUUAAGAAUGCCAUAAUGUUUGGAAAGAAAAGGCACACAGAUGUCCAGUUCUAUACAGAAGUUGGAGAGAUCACUACAGAUCUUGGAAAACACCAGCACAUGCAUGACCGCGAUGAUCUUUAUGCUGAACAGUUGGAGCGUGAAAUGAGACACAAGUUGAAAACUGCAUUCAAGAACUUUAUUGAAAAGGUUGAAUCUCUCACUAAAGAGGACCUUGAGUUUGAGGUUCCUUUCAGAGACCUAGGGUUUAAUGGAGCUCCCUACAGAAGUACCUGCCUCUUGCAACCCACCAGCAGUGCACUAGUCAAUACUACUGAGUGGCCUCCAUUUGUUGUAACAUUAGAUGAAGUGGAACUUGUGCACUUUGAGAGAGUCCAGUUUCACCUGAAGAAUUUUGAUAUGGUCAUAGCCUACAAGGAUUACAGUAAAAAGGUUACAAUGAUCAAUGCCAUUCCUGUGGCGUCACUUGAUCCAAUCAAGGAGUGGUUAAACUCUUGUGAUAUCAAAUACACAGAAGGUGUUCAGUCACUGAACUGGACAAAAAUUAUGAAGACUAUUGUGGAUGAUCCUGAGGGGUUCUUUGAACAGGGUGGUUGGUCCUUCCUUGAACCAGAGGGCGAGGGAAGUGAUAGAGAUGCUAAUGGUUCAGAGUCUGAAGUAGAAGAUGAGACCUUCAACCCGUCUGAAGAAGAAUAUGAGGAUGAGGAGGAGGAUAGUGAUGAGGAUUAUUCUGAUGAGACAGAAGAAUCUGUUUACAGUGAAGACUCCUUGGGUAGUGAUGAAGAGAGUGGGAAGGACUGGGAUGAACUAGAAGAGGAAGCCAGGAAAGCUGACCGUGAGAGUCGGUAUGAGGAGGAGGAAGAGCAGCAGCAACAGCAGCAGCAAAGUAGAAAUAAGAAGAGGAAGGGUCAUGGACAUGCUCCCACCCCAUCAAAAAGGAGGAAGAAGUAA